AUGACAACUCCAUCAAAAUCUAAUGAUAGUCCAUCAAAACAAGAUCGUACACCGGGUAAACAGACAUCUGUUGCUAAACAUCCUAAUCCAUUAACAACAUUACGAGAAGAUGAACCAGUUGCUAGUGCAGCACCAAGUUCUGUUCUUCCAAUGCCUUUUACACCAGGCAUGGCAUUUACAUCCUCACCUGUACGAAGUAAUAUGGGUGGUAGCGAUUGUACAUUAAUGUCAACACCAUUUCGAGCUCGAUCUGAUCCUACUAGUGUAGGAAAAUUGCGUUUAGUUAAUGAACAAGAGGAAUUAGAAGGUGAUAUUAAUGUAAAUACAGCUGAUAAUCAAGUUCUUAUUUACGGUACAGAUGUAAAUGUCAACGAAUGUAAACGUCAAUUUAUAUCAUUUUUGGAAAAAUUUCAUUUAAAUAUUGAAGAAACAAAUCUUGAAGGUGUUGAUCCACCUAAACCAUUUUAUAUACAAAAAUUAGAUGAAAUUCAUUUACUUAAAGGUACAUUUCUUAAUGUUGAUUGUACACAUAUAAAACAAAUUGAUAAAACAAUGUAUAAUCAAUUACUUUCAUAUCCACAAGAAGUUAUAUAUAUAUUUAAUAUAGCUGUUAAUGAAUUACUUUUUACUAUUUAUGAAGAUAAUACACUUCCACAUCAAAUUCAAGUGCGACCAUAUAAUGUUGAUAUGGUUAAAAAUAUGCGUUGUCUUGAUCCAGAAGAUGUUGAUAAAUUAGUUACACUUACUGGCAUGGUUAUUGGAUCAUCAUCAAUAAUGCCUGAAAUGCGCUCAGCAUAUUUUUCAUGUAAUACAUGUGGUUUUCAUGUUCAAGUUGAAAUUAAUCGUGAUCAAAUUACUGAACCAACUGUAUGUACAUCAUGUAAACAAACACACUCAUUUGAACUUAUUCAUAAUCGUUCAUUAUUUGCUGAUAAACAAUUUAUUAAAUUACAAGAAACAUCAGAGAAAAUGCCUGCUGAACAAACACUAGUUACUGUAACUGUUGUAGCAUAUAAUGAUUUAGUUGACGCAGUGCAACUUGGUGAUCGUGUCCAAGUAACUGGUAUAUUUCGUGCAGUACCAGUUCAUAUAAAUCCUAAAACACGAUAUGUUCGAUCUGUUUGUCGUACAUUUAUUGAUGUUAUUCAUUUUCGUCAUGAAAAAACGUUUACAGCUGAAGGUAGAAUUGAAGAUCAAACAACAAAUGAUUAUGAAGAAUCAAGUUCAUUAAAAUUUUCUAAAGAACGCUUAGCACAAUUUCGAAAUUUAUCGAAACGUCGAGAUAUAUAUGAAUUAUUAUCAAAUGCUAUUGCUCCAAGUAUUUUUGGACAUGAAGAUAUUAAACAAGGUAUUUUAUUGCAAUUAUUUGGUGGAACAAAUAAGAAUUUUAUUGAUACUGGACGAAAAACUUUUCGAUCUCAAAUAAAUAUAUUACUUUGUGGUGAUCCUGGUACAGCUAAAUCACAAUUACAACAACACAUAUUUCGAUUAGUACCUCGUGCACAAUAUACUAAUGGAAAUGGUACAAGUGCUGGUGGUCUUACUCCAUAUGUAACAAAAGAUCCUGAAACUGGUCAACUUAUUCUUCAAACAGGUGUAUUAGUUCUUGCUGAUAAUAGUAUUUGUUGUAUUGAUCAAUUUGAUAAAAUGAAUGAAAGUGUUCGAUCAAUUCUUUACGAAGUCAUGGACCAGCAAACAUUAUCAAUAUCUAAAGCUGGUAUUAUAUGUAAAUUAAAUGCUCGUACAUCAAUAUUAGCUGCAGCUAAUUCAAUUGAAUCACAAUGGAAUAAAUUUAAAACAGUUAUUGAAAAUAUUCAAUUACCACCAACAUUAUUAUCACAUUUUGAUUUAAUUUUUCUUUUACUUGAUCCACAAAAUGAAGCAUAUGAUAGACGAUUAGGCCAACAUUUAGCUUCAUGGUAUCAAUAUGAAAAUGCUCAUGAAGCUAUGGAUACUGAUUUACUUCGAGAUUAUAUAUCUUAUGCACGUACAUUUGUUAGUCCACAAUUAACUGAAUUAGCAAGCAAACUUCUUGUUAGGACAUAUGUUGAAAUGCGAAAAGUUCGUAAUAGUAAAAAACAAAUAUUAGUAUAUCCAAGACAACUUGAAUCAUUAAUUCGUUUGGCUGAAGCACAUGCAAAAGUUCGUCUUUCAGAUAAAGUUGAAGAAUUUGAUGUUAAAGAAGCUAAACGACUUUAUCGUAAAGCAUUAAUUGGUCCUGGUGAAUGUCGUCUUGCUGAUCUUGCACAAACAUUUAAACAUUAUCUUGAAAAACGUAAACCAACAGAGAGUAAAGGACCAAUUAAAACAGAUACAUUAUUUAAUGAAAUUCGUGAACGAAUUGAUCAAUGUAUAACACGUGAUAUUGAACGAGCACAAACACGCGAAGAAAUACGUUCAUUAAUAAAGCAGGUCUAUUUAUUGAUUGAUCUAGUCGAAAACGAAAUUGGCAUCACGAGACAUAAGGAAGACGAAGAUGAAGAUAUUAAAGCUUUACGAGAUACGUUAAAGCAAUUUAAAUCUGGUUUGGAAAAUGUCCUGACUCGUUAUGAAACAAUUGCGAAUGAAAACUUAUCAUAUUCAAAUAAUGGUAAUGAUGAUGGACAGAAUGAAGAAGAAUAUUAUGAAGAAGAUGAUGAAGUAAGUAUUAAUGCGAUAAUGAAUGAUCUACCAGGUCAAGUUUAUCAAAUAAUUAAUAAUCUUAUUGUACAAGGUAUAAUAAGUGAUCCAGGUCAAGUUCAUACAAUAUUCAAUAGUCUUAUUGUACAAGGUAUAAUAAAUAAUCCUUAUUUAUUCUGUUCAUUAUUAUUUCGUAAUCCUGGUUUAUUACGUUCAUUAUUACUUAAUAAUCCAGCAACAUUACUUGAACUUAUGUGUAAUCAUGAUUGUGGUUUAAAUAAUCUUAUAAGUAUGUCAUCAUGUGGUUUAAAUGAUUUACAAAGUAUUUAUCAUUAUGUACAAAAACCAAUAUAUCCAGGAGCCGAAGGACAGUUUGAUAAUAAUUCAUUUGCACAAUUAUUCACUGGCAAUGAAGAUCUAAUACCAAAUCCUUGGGCACGUCGUGGUGCUGAUGCAGUAGCUGCAUCUCCUCUUCAAACACAACAACCUACUAGUUCAGCAAAUACUGAACCACAACAAGCAGCUCCAACAAUUUCGAUUAAUACCAGUAGUAGUUCACCUGGUUUAAUAUCUUCAAUGAUGCAAAACUAUAGGUUACAAUUAGUUCGGAUUUCUUGUUUACUUGAAUGUGUUUUUAAUGCAUUAUAUAUACAACCAUUAAUGGAUUCACGUGCAACUUAUUCUGAUAUAUCAAGACAAAUGGUUGCUAAUAAUCCAAUGUUUGCUGAUAAUCCUAAAUUACAUGAACAAAUGAUUAAUGCUUUACCAGCUAUGAUGGAACAAAUGAGAAUUCCUGAAAUACAAGCAUUAAUACAAAAUCAACAAGUACUUGAAGCUAUUACACAAGUUCAACAAGGACUUCGACAAUUACAUGCAGCAGCACCGAAUCUAUUUCAAAUCGAUGAUUUAUUAUCUAAUCUUCGUUUUGGUCCAACUGGUUUAUCUUUACCAGCUAAUAAUGAACCUUCUUCAUCAUCAACUACUCAACCUACACCAUUUGAUUCAAUAGCUAUUGGUAAUACAUCAUUAUUACAUGAUCCAAAUAAUCAUGCAGGUGUAUUUGGUCAAAUGUCGAAUAUGAUAUCAAAUCAAAAUAUGAAUACACCACCAGAUCAACAAUAUGCUGUUCAAUUAGAACAACUUGUAUCAAUGGGUUUUACUAAUCGUGAAGCAAAUUUACAAGCUCUUAUAGCAUCAGUGGGAGAUAUAAAUCAAGCGAUUAAAUGGCUUCAAUCUCAUGAAUAA